UCAUCGAGGUAGGUGGCCUUGUUGACCUCGCUCCGCUCGACCGUCGCCCUUGCCCUCUCCAACCAUUCCUCCCUAUGGUCCUCCUCGGCAGCAGCAGCGCCCGUGUCGUCGCGGUCACCUCGAUCAGAGCCCCGCAGCGCCUCCUCCUCCUCCUCCUGCUGAUCCAGCUCGUGGAUCUCGGCCGCUUGUGGUGUGUGCCAACCAGCCAU